UCCAAACGCCCUUUCCGCACGCCGACUUGCUUCCCGUUCUGUGAUAAACCCCUGCUCUCGGGUGCUUCCUGCUUCUUACCGGUCGAGACGUAUCGAACUCGCUCUCCUUCCUCCUUCACAUCCCAUACCAGAGGCUUGUUCUUGCUGAACAAAGAGCACGUUUUGUCACCUUUGUUUGAGUAGACAAAACGUCCCUUGGCUCAAGCAGAAGAAGAAACGACACCUCUUGGUCACCAGACACCUCUUCAUCCCACCUACCUACCUUCUCCAAAACAUCCUUCUUUGCCCAAUCCCCCCAAAACCACCAAAGGCAAAGAUGCUGAGCCAGCGAUUGGUGCGAGCAGCCGGCGCGGCGACCCCGCGUUCCGCGCUGCGAGCAUUCAGCUCCACGAGCCAGCAGCUCAAGGUGCCCUCCAUGGCCGACGUCAGCGCCGCGCCCAAGAGCGUCGCCUCCUUCAACGACAAAUCGAAGCAGUUCCGAGAGCAGUUGAUCGAGCAGCAGAAACAGCGGGAAGCAAGUGCGUAUACUCAAUCCUCCUCCCCUGCCUCCUCCUCUGAGCCCGCCCAGGACUCAUCCGUGAGUGCUACUUCAGGACAGAAGGCCGAGGCCACCCAGGAGCCUUCGCGCAAGGCCGGUCCCUUGACCAACCUCAUCUACGGCACCAAGGAAGGUCGCGAGCUCGAUGCUCAGCUCGAGGCGAGCUUCAGUCAGGUCCUCGCCCGAGGCAAGUACGUCCACUCGAUCGUCCAGCACGAGGUCAAGCCCGACAAGGUCGAGGAGUACACCAAGCUUGUCGGUAGCUGGUACCCGCGCAUGGCUUCCAUACCCGAGAAUAAGGUCCACCUGGUGGGAAGCUGGAGAACCGAAGUUGGAGACUGUGAUACCUUUGUCCAUAUUUGGGAGUACCAGCGCUACCAGGGUUACCACGAGUCAAUCCACAACAUUGGCUCCCACCCCGAGUUCGCCGAGUUCGAUAAGAAGCUUAAGAGCCUCAUCACCUCGAAGAAGACAUCUCUCAUGCAGGAGUUCUCCUUCUGGCCCACCACGCCUCCCCGCCAGCUUGGCGGUAUCUUCGAGCUGCGAUCAUACACUCUACACCCCGGUAACCUCCUCGAGUGGGAGACCCACUGGAGACGCGGCCUCAAGGCCAGACGCGAGGUCAUGGAGGGUGUCGGUGCUUGGUUCGUGCAGAUAGGAGAUCUCAACACCGUUCACCACCUGUGGCAGUUCGCCAACCUGGAGGAGCGAAAGAUCCGCCGCGAGAAGAGCUGGAGCGUCGAGGGUUGGAGCGAGACUGUCCACAAGACUGUGCCUCUUAUUCAGAGCAUGAAGUCGAGAAUCUUGAUCCCGAUGCCCUGGUCUCCUGUGGCGUAAUCGUGGGGGGUUCGGACUCUUUCUCGGCUCAGCCGCGUUACUGCCAUGCGUCGUAUCGCAUGCUUCUACAUAUCGCCCAUAUCAGCUUUCAUUUGUCAAUGUCUACACGGCCAACACUGGGUACGCUGACCAACAUGUGGCUCAGCGUGUGUCAGGCCAGCGAAGACAACUUUGGGGUGGAUUGCUUUCAUGGAUUAGGUUU